AUGACCCCACAGCCGCCUCAAGCAGAACUUCUUCCAGUGCCUGGUACCAACAACAUCCAGGACAUCCAGGACCACGGCACAAAGCAGCACGCUGUCCAGCACGACUUUACCAAGCACCUCGCCCACACUGCCCAGCGCAACAUUCACAUCGUCAGGCGCCCCCUCUUCGAGCACCACAUCGUUCAGCACGUCGACGAGCACCACCCUGUCGAGCAUCACAUCUCUAAGCACAUCUUCUUCAAGCACGUCAUCAUCACGCACGCCAUCUUCAAGCACUUCGUCAUUGAGCACCUCGUCAUCAAGAACCUCAUCAGCGAGCACCUCAUCAGCGAGCACCUCAUCAGCGAGCAGCUCAUCUUCAAGCAGCUCAUCGUCAAGCAGCUCAUCGUCAAGCAGCUCAUCGUCAAGCAGCUCAUCGUCAAGCAGCUCAUCGUCAAGCAGCUCAUCGUCAAGCCUCUCGUCGUCUACAUUCACGUUCGCAAGUUCUACAAGUGCUACCCCGUCAAGCAUCUCAUCAUCGAUUUCAUCGUCAUCGCGCACUUCAUCGUCAAGCAGCACAUCACCAAGCUCCAUAACGUCUACGGUUACGUCCAGAGGUUCUACGAGAACUACAUCGUCAAAUGCAUCGAGCAGUUCACCGGCGUUGUCGGUGUGUACGACCACCCGCAGGACGGCAAUAAAUAUGCAUUUACUCCAUUAUACGCCGGCGUUCAAUCUGGCUUUGUUGCGCAGUUUCUUUUUGGGCCUUCUGGCUUGGUAAUCGGCAGACCCUACCGUCUAAAGUUUUACUACGGCCUGGGUAUUCUGACACAGACCGGAAGUUACGGCAACUGCAAGUUGACACUAACUAUGCCUGGCACAUAUUCAGUGGGAAAUACCAUCAUUGUGGGCAAUACGCCCGCAGGUCAGUACCAACUGUCGGAUCAGAUUUACACUCCAAAUCAGGCCUACAACGCCAACCCGAUCAUUCAAGUUACGAUUUCUUGCGCGGACACCGCCAACCCCGCUGACGCCGAUUUCUUGCUCGACAACUUCUCACUCACGGAUUCCACCCAAUGCCCCUAG